AUUAAAUAAAACAGUGCAAGGAAGGAUGGGAGGCCAGAAGAGUUCAGCUGCCAUUGAGAGAGGCAACCUGCUGCUGCUGCUGCGAUUGAGAGAGUGAGAACUCUGUUCAGAGAAGAAAUCAAAAUAUAAAAAUUCCACGAUGGAAAUCAGUGAAGAACCGAUGACGUACUUUCAACAUAAUGGCAUCAUAUUCUGUUCACCGUUACACACAGUUGAGCGACUUGAAUGGCUGAAAGAGUUCAACAUAGAUCCAAAUAUUCCAGUCAUUGUCACUUACCCCAAAUCUGGAACAACAUGGAUGCAGCAGGUCACAAGUCUGAUUUUAUGCAAUGACAAUGAUUCUAAAAAAGAGAUGAACCUCUAUGCCAGAGCCCCGUGGAUGGAGAUUAUGAUAUUCAAGCCUGAAAUCACAGAUUAUCAGAUGUUGACAACACAUUUAAACUACCAAAUGGUGCCAAAAUGUGUGAAAAACAAAAAGUUCAAGAUCAUUUAUGUCACUAGAAAUCCCAAGGAUGUGAUUGUGUCUUCAUAUUACUUUCACAAAUAUAGUCGUUUCUUGGAGACACCAAAGGAUUUUCAAGAUUUCUUGGAGAAAUUUGUUGAAGGAAAUGUGUUCUAUGGAUCUUGGUUUGAACAUAUCAGAGACUGGCACAGUCAUAAAGAUGAACUCAACAUCUUGUUUGUGGCAUAUGAGGAUAUGAAAAAUGAUCUCCGGAGUGUGGUCCAAAAAGUUGCAUCUUUUCUAAAUAAAAAAUUGGACGAAGAAACCUUGGAGUCAAUUUUGAAUCAAUGCACAUUUAAACAUAUGAAAGAAAACCCAAAAACAAACUACAAAGGUGUAUCAGACCUGUUCAAUUCUGAGAGUGGCUCUUUUUAUCGAAAAGGAAUUACUGGAGACUGGAAGAAUCACUUUCUUGUGUCUCAGAAUGAGUGGUUUGAUUCCAUCUACCAGGAGAAAAUGGGAGACUUCCCUCUGAAGUUUGACAAUAUGUGACUGAUUAGACUUCAUUCCCAAAUAAUUUGUCAUUUUGAAACUGCAAACUGCAUGAUUCUCUAAUAAAUUUCUAUUGAGCUUUUCCUGAUAUAUCCUAUAAGGGCAUGCAAAGAAGUUGCAGCAACAGAAGACUUCAUUUUAGCUUUUCAAGUCUGCUCUAUCUAAUGAAAAUAUAGCUGAUCUGAUUGUCACCUCAAACUCACAUUUUUGCCUAACCAUGAUAAUCUUUCACCCUCCUUGUUCGUGAAGAAUCUAUCCAUCCCUGACUUGAAAAUAUUCAAAGAUGCUGUUCCCACUGCCUUUUGAGGAAGAGAAUUCCAAAUAAGCUACCCUUUAUUUUUAAACAAAGACUUGUAAUUCGAAAUUCUCCCAUACUGAGAAAUAUCCAU